AUGGCCUCAGCAACCUCAUUCCGCCAGAUCAUUGGUGCCCCGCCUUCGACGGCCACCCCCACUGACAGCACCCUCGUCAUCAUCGACGCUCAGAACGAGUACGCCGAGGGCAAGCUCGCCGUCUCCAAUGUGUCCGUCUCCCGCCAGGCGAUCGCAUCCUUGCUGAAGAAGUACCGAGACGCCAACGGCAGCAUUGUGCACGUCGUCCACGACACGCCCGAGGGCGCUCCCGUCUUCACCCCCCAGACGCGGCUUGCCGAGGAGUUUGAGGAGUUGGCGCCCAAGGACGGCGAAAAGGUUGUCCACAAGAACUUCCCUGGCUCAUUCGCCGGAACGGACUUGCAGGAGUAUCUCGAGAGCCAGGGUGAGAAGGGAAAGAAGGUCGUGCUGACCGGAUACAUGGCACAUGUCUGUGUUUCCACUACCGCGAGACAAGCUGCUCAGCGUGGAUUUGAUGUUCUCGUGGCGGAGGAUGCUGUCGGUGACCGUGACAUUCCUGGUGUUGAUGCUGCCCAGCUCACCAAGGUUGCAUUGAGCGAGAUUGGAGAUGCUUUCGGAACCAUCGUCCAGAGCAAGGAUAUCGCGUAA